AUGAAACUACACGGCGAACCGGAGAAAAGGUCCCUCAUUGCGCUCCUCAAUCUAAAGGGCAACGCACACGCGCGUAAUGCGAUCGUCAGACUUGCGCGGCCGUUCAACGCUCAAACGCUCGCUCCGUCGCUUAAUUAUUGCCGGUCGGGCACGCGCCUGCGAACCGCGCUCAGAAUCGCGUUUUGCGCGCGCGCGUGUCGCGUUCACGCGGUACGGUCGCGACGCGCCGUAACAAUAAUACGUUGUUGACAAAAGAUAUGACGCGUCCCGCACCCGCGGCGCAUUUGUCCAUUCGCGCGCGUAACGGUUUCGAAAUGCGCGGCCAACGUGAACGCGCGCCACUUAUCACGCCUGCCCGGUGCGCGCGUGUACGCUGUCCGCCGCAUUUCGGUUUCGUGUAUCGUAAACAAAUUAAACACGGUGUUUCGGAUUUUCGGAAACGUAAAACGCGGUAUCGAAUAACGCGCCGAAACCAAUUAUCCAUGUUAAUGCGACCACGGCCGACGACGGCGCACUCGAGUGCCGAAACAUUUCGAAUAAAAACGUUUAAUUGA